AUGCGCCUGUUUCCUUUCCUAAUUCUGACGUCACUCUCCUUGUCCUCGGCAUCGGCGGAGAUCAUUCGCUCAACCGAAAAGUGGCAGGUCAAACCCGACUUUGAAAAAAGCAGCAAUGCGCGUGAGUCGAUCAGCGGGGCUGACUGCGUUCCAGACGGAGGUUUGUGUCUGGCAGCCAAUGACGAAAGGAAUUAUGCGCAGUUUUUCAAGCUGAAGAAAAACAGGCUCGACCCGGACAAGAAAGGCGUUAUCCGGCUGCUGCCGAAAAAGGUCGACGGCAAGAAAAUGGGCGAGAUCGAUGCGGAAGGUGUGGUCUUUGUGCCUUCCAGUGACGGCAAAGCACCGUCCUAUUUCUAUGUUACCGGUUCGCACGGGCUUUCCCGAGGCGGUGAGUUCCAGCAGUCUCGCUUCACACUGUUCCGGUUUCCGGUCAAGACCAGGUCCGGCAAGCCGACUUUCAAGUACAACGACAAGAAGGUGGCACCGGAAGUCGAGCGAACCAUGCUCCUGGCCGAAACGAUCAGGUCCAAUCCCGAUCUUGCGCCUUAUGCAGACCAGAGGCUGGACAGAAAUGGUGUGACCAUCGAGGGGAUUUCGGAGCUGGACGGCGACAUGCUGUUCGGUCUCAGAAGUCCCUGUCUUGCCAAUCACGCCCUGUUCCUGCGGGUGCCCUCCGAAGAGCUGUUCAUGGAGACACCGCCCACAUCAACAACUGCCAGGGUCAAGCUGGGCGACAAUGUCGGCGUGAGAGACCUGACCCGUGUAAAAGACGGCCUUCUCAUUCUGGCAGGAAGAAGUGACGACCGCCGCGGAUCUGAAGAUUUCACUUGCGGCGAAGAACGCGCCCCACCUUCACCGUCGCCGUCUCUCUGGUUCUGGAGCGGAAAAUCAGGCGAUGAGGCACAGCCUCUGGGCGCGCUUCCGGGCGUCGAUGUAAAUGCGAGUGCAGAGACACUGCUCGUGCUUGAAGAAACCGACACGACUUAUCGCGUACUAGUGCUGUUCGACGGCGAGAAAAACGGGGCACCGGUCGAGUUCAUUAUCGGCAGAUAG